ACACACACUCUCUCUCUCCCUCGCAUUUUGGCUGCUUUCACUCCCAUACUUUGACUUUGUGAUGCAACAUUGUCACAUUCACUCACACACACACUCACUUGCAUCCGCACCUCAUCACUCCAUCCAUGCUGCCCGCCCUUCCCCCUAAAACCGAACCACUCGCAGCAGCCUAGGUCACAUGGUGCAGACCCCCUAUUCCAGGUGCCCCCCCCCCCUAAGGUCAAGCCUACCUAUAUACUAUUAAGACUUUCUACGUAUCCCCCCCCGGGUCUGCCCGGUGUGCCUAGUGCUGCUUCAAUGGUCCCUCUGCUGCUAUCACCUGCCACCCCACCCCACCCCACCCAUGCACACCUCCCAAUCUUCAAUCCUUCAUAGCUUACUCACUGCUCCACAGUUUCCUGCUUGCCUGCUGAGGGGAGGGACGUGGGGGUCAACACCGCCACUCCCCCACACCCCUCCCCUUGUGGCCGUGCAGGUGCCUCAGGUGGGUGGGGAGGGAAGCUGGGAGAAGCGCUGCCAUGAGGGAGAGUAUCUGGGGUGGGGUUGGCCUCUCAAGGUAAGCCCCUUGUCUCCAACCCCUCUUGCUGCUGCAGUCUCUCCGCCCCCUCUUCCUUCACCGCCUUUCCGGUUCGUACUUGUUUGAUUUGCAGUCUCCGUUUCCUUCACUGCCUGUCUUUCUGGUUCUUUGUUGAAAGUCCUGCACUGCACCUAGCUUCGUUCUGACUGCCUCCCUUUUCUGCCCGCCCCCAACAGGUGACCAAGCAUCAUUUAAAGACUGCAGCAUAGGAGUCUAGUUUUGAGGCGCCUCAAAACUUGUGCACCUAGCUUCGUUCUGUCUGCCUCCCUUUUCUGCCUGCCCCCAACAGGUGACCAAGCAUCACUUGAAGACUGCAGCAGAGGCAGCUGAGCAGCAGACAGCAGCACCAGAAGCAGCAGCACCAGAAGCAGCAGCAGCAGCAGCAGAAGCAGAAGCAGCAGUUGGGGGUGGGCGGUUAGAGGGCAGGCUAGGAUUAGGAGUGAGAGAGCGAGGUAUGGUAUCAGGUACAGGUAUGGUCGUCUCACCCCCUCUGCUUCUUUCCUUCCUACAGCAUGUGGAUCUGGGGGGCCUUGGAGCAAUGGCAGGAGCUUGGGGCGAGGGCAGGAGAAUGGAGCCCACCCCCUCUCUCACCUCCUCUUCUUCCCCCCCCUUCCCUUCCCUCCAGCAGCAUCACGCCUUGAGGAACGGGAGGUGCAGUCCCCACCCUCACCUCCCCUCCCCCCUUUGUAGCAGGUUGCGGCAUCGUGGGCUCCAUUCGGCUAUGUGGAAAGUGUGUGGCACGGCAGUCGUUCCUCAAGUAACAACACUAGUGGCGUAUCGUAUAAUGGAACCGGUCAGAGCCAUGCGCGCCGGCUCUGGUUGGGAGUCCCCUCCUACGACGCUGAAUGUGGCGGGAUUUGAGUCUUGGGCCGCCCGUGCAUUUUCCACUGCCAUACUUUGACCACAAGGCACAACCAUGGGGGAUGCUGUUUCCGAAGGGGAGGGCUGAAUCCAGCAGCGCCAGUCAAAGGAGGGGCACAGGAGGGCGUCUGCACUGCAGUCACCACUGUAAGUUGAGUGAGAAGGCGAGGAGCAAGGGGUGCUAAAAUCCCCUGGGUAGGUUGAGUGCUAAGGGAGCGGAGCAAGAGGCCUGAAACCACGGGCUGAACUGAGUUGAGUUGAGUGAGAGGGAUCCGAGAGGGGUCCCUGAAAUCCCCUGGGUAAGUUGAGUGCAAGGGAGCGGAGUGGAGCAAGGGGGGCGGAAACCCCCGGGGUGAGUUGAGUGAGUGGAAGAGAAGAGAGGGGGGCUGAAAUCCCUGCGGUGAGAAGAUCGGCCUGCGCACAGGGCAGGACAGCAAAUGAUGAUGCUGCAUGGGGUGCCUGAUGCCGUCCUGCCCCUGUGCUAGUCCAGUGAUAUGCGCUCCCUGAGGUUCCAAGGGUAAGGGUCUGCAAGCACCAAGGGGAGUUGAGUUAGAGGGAGCAGAAAAACGGGCCUGAAACCCCUGAGGACGGUGCAGUGAGAGAAAGGGGUCCCCAAACUCUCAGGGCAACUCUCAGAGUAACUGAAUGGUCGAGGAGGAGGUUGCUUGCAACCCCCGUUGCUUGCAACCCCCGUUGCUUGCAACCCCCUAGGAGGUUCAUUGAGGCGCAACGGAAGGAGCUGCAACCACCGGGGUAAGGUGAGUGCUGAGAGGGGGCCUGAAGCCCCCAGGGUAAGUUGAGUGUGAGGGAGUGUUGAUAGGGGGUCUGGAGCCCCCAGUAUUUAAGGGGCUGAAAUCCCUGCUGUAAUGAGUUUCAGCCCUCCUCCCAUUUCUUACCCUUGUGUUGCCGUGGAGCCUCCACCCCCCUUCUCUGCUCCCCUCUCUCUCCUUACUUCGUCCUCUGCCCCUACCUUUCCCCAGUGGGGUUAUUAUCCCUCCGGCUUUGUCCUGGGGGGUGUAACCCCCUUAAGCCAAUGUGAGCUGAAACCUCAAGGGCUUCGUGAGUGGGUGGAAGAGAAAGGGGGCUGAAGAGAAAGGGUGAGCGGAAGAGAAGAGGGCUGGAUGUCCUCAGGUGCGUGAGAGAAAGGGGAGGGUUGAGCCUGGAGCGCCACAUGAUAGGCAGCAAAUGAUGAUGCCCCACGUGUUGCUUGAUGCCCCACGUGUUGCUUGAUGCCCCACGUGUUGCUUGAUGCCCCACGUGUUGCUUGAUGCCCUAUCAUGUGGCCUCGUCGGUCCAACCCUCUCCAAAGUGUAGAAAGGGGGCUUGAAACCUCAGGCUCAGGAGGGGGCGGAUAGAGGGAGCGGAUAGAGGGAGCAGAUUGAGGGGGCCUGAAACCCCCGGAGUAUGUUGAGGGUUUUAGGGAGGAGAGAGGUGGCCUGAAACCCCCGAGUUACUCGGCCAUGAGGCGGGUUGCUUGGCCAUGAGGCGAGUUUCUCGGCCAUGAGGCGAGCUACUCGGCCAUGAGGCGAGUUACUCGGCCAUGAGACGAUUUUCUCUGCCAUGAGGCGAGCUACUCGGCCAUGAGGCGAGCUACUCGGCCAUGAGGCGAGUUGCUCGACCAUGAGGCGAGUUGUUCGGCCAUGGGGUCAGUAGCUUGGCCAUGGGGUCAGUAGCUGGGCCAUGGGGUCAGUAGCUGGGCCAUGGGGUCAGUAGCUUGGCCAUGGGGUCAGUAGCUGGGCCAUGGGGUCAGUAGCUUGGCCAUGGGUCAGUAGCUUGGCCAUGGGGUCAGUAGCUGGGCCAUGGGGUCAGUAGCUUGGCCAUGGGGUCAGUAGCUGGGCCAUGGGGUCAGUAGCAUGGCUAUGGGGUCAGUAGCUGGGCCAUGGGGUCAGUAGCUUGGCCAUGGGGUCAGUAGCUUGGCCAUGGGGUCAGUAGCUGGGCCAUGGGGUCAGUAGCUUGGCCAUGGGGUCAGUAGCUGGGCCAUUGGGUCAGUAGCUUGGCCAUGGGGUCAGUAGCUGGGCCAUGGGGUCAGUAGCUUGGCCAUGGGGUCAGUAGCUGGGCCAUGGGGUCAGUAGCUUGGCCAUGGGGUCAGUAGCUUGGCCAUGGGGUCAGUAGCUGGGCCAUGGGAUCAGUAGCUUGGCCAUGGGGUCAGUAGCUUGGCCAUGGGGUCAGUAGCUGGGCCAUGGGGUCAGUAGCUUGGCCAUGGGGUCAGUAGCUUGGCCAUGGGGUCAGUAGCUUGGCCAUGGGGUCAGUAGCUGGGCCAUGGGAUCAGUAGCUUGGCCAUGGGGUCAGUAGCUGGGCCAUGGGGUCAGUAGCUUGGCCAUGGGGUCAGUAGCUUGGCCAUGGGGUCAGUAGCUUGGCCAUGGGGUCAGUAGCUGGGCCAUGGGGUCAGUAGCUUGGCCAUGGGAUCAGUAGCUUGGCCAUGGGGUCAGUAGCUGGGCCAUUGGUAGCUUGGCCAUGGGGUCAGUAGCUUGGCCAUGGGGUCAGUAGCUUGGCCAUGGGGUCAGUAGCUGGGCCAUGGGGUCAGUAGCUUGGCCAUGGGGUCAGUAGCUUGGCCAUGGGGUCAGUAGCUGGGCCAUGGGGUCAGUAGCUUGGCCAUGGGGUCAGUAGCUUGGCCAAGGUACAAGGUGAGGCAAGGGAGGGGGUUUCAGACCUCAAGUAACAAGCUGAGGGAAGGGAGGGGGUCUGAGACCCCAAGUUGAACGGUGAGGCAAGGGAGGGGGUUUCAGACUUCAAAUUAGAAGGUGAGAGAAAGGAGGGGGUCUGAGACCCCAAGGAAAAUGGUGAGGCAAGGGAGGGGGUCUGAGACCCCGUGUAAGACGGUGAGGCAAGGGAGGGGGUUUCAUACCUCAAGUAAAACGGUGAGCCAAGGGAGGGGGUUUCAGACCUCAAGUGAAACGGUGAGGCAAGGGAGGGGGUUUUUACCCCAGGUAAAACGGUGAGGCAAUGGAGGGGAUUUUUACCCCAAGUAAAACGGUGAGGCAAGGGAGGGGUUUUCAGACCUCAAGUAACAAGGUGAGGGAAGGGAGGCUGUCUGACACCCCAAGUUGAAAGGUGAGGCAAGGGAGGGGGUCUGAGAACCCAAGUAAAAAGGUGAGGCAAGGGAAGGGGUUUCAGACCCAAGUAACAACGUGAGGCAAGGGAGGGGGUCUGAGUCCCCAAGUAAAAAGGUGAGGCUAGGGAGGGGGUCUGAGACCCCAAGUACAAGGUGAGGCAAGGAGAGGGGGAUUCAGAGCGCAUGGUGGUGAGGCGAUGCAGGUGGUGGUGCGACCCUGGGAUGUCCGAUCUGUUGGGGUGGUGGUGAUGGCAUGGGCACAUGCUGCUGGUGCUGCAUGUGUGUGGUGUGGGGGCAAGGGCCAAACCAUGAUGCUGCAUGUGUGUGGUGUGGGGGCACGGGCCAAACCAUGAUGCUGCAUGUGUGUGGUGUGUGGGUACGGGCCAAACCAUGAUGCUGCAUGUGUGGUGUGUGGGGGCACGGGCCAAACCAUGAUGCUGCAUGUGUGUGGUGUGGGAGCAAGGGCCAAACCAUGAUGCUGCAUGUGUGUGGUGUGGGGGCACGGGCCAAACCAUGAUGCUGCAUGUGUGUGGUGUGGGGGCACGGGCCAAACCAUGAUGCUACAUGUGUGUGGUGUGCAAGCACGGGCCAAACCAUGAUGCUGCAUGGAGUGCCGGGUGUUCCCCUUGCUGUCAUGGUCUGCACGGAACAAUUGUUUAUGCGUUACACGAUAAUUAGGGUGUAUAUUUUGUUCAUGAAUUGUUGGCAGAGGCUCCUCUGCCUAACAUCCGCAAACAAAUUGAUCAGUUAGCA